AUGCAAGUCGCGUCAGCUUAUACCGGGUACCAGCAGAUGGUAGCGAAGCUGAAGAAGAAGGGGUACAGCACCUCCCUUGCGGCGUGGGAAACGUCUGGCCUCAACAACACUCUAAAAAAGUUUCUGCCAACGUCGCAGUUGACGGUGCUGGUGCCGCGCAACAGUGCCUUUGGCAAGCUCACGGGCAGCUUCCAAUACUCGAAGCUCAAAAAGAACCCCAAGGCCCUGCUGCAGGUCAUGUCGUUCCAUGUGUGGAAGCAACGCUUCUACGAAUCCACUCUUGGGACACUCGCAGUUGGAACGCAGUUUGGCACCCUGGAUUACAAGUAUGUGAUGAGGAAGACAGGCGCCAAGCCUCAAACGUUCAACAAGCUUGGAGCUACGGGAGGGCUCAAGAUUAUAGAUCCAGACCUGUAUGCGGACCGGCAGGUUAUCGUGCAUGGGAUAGACACUGUCAUCAUCCCACCCAAGAUUCAUCCAUAA